CGAGGUUGUUCUUUAAGCUAUAAAGGCUUUAGCAGUGAAGGAGCUAAGUAGAGGUUGGAGGUGCACCAUUGGAAGAGUACUGAGCUUUCAGAAGAUUUCAGCUGCAACAUUACAACUGAAAAGAAUCGCUGAACAGCAAGGACAGUAAAGGAGUGCUAUUAAAAAAAAAACGACAUCCAUAACCCAUUCAUUUUUUGUGGGACUAAAAAGAAAACUGUUUAAAAAAUGAACAGGAAAAUUCUCAUAGUCCUUCUUCUGAUUGUAGCAUCAGGGAAUGCCCAAAACCCAACAACUAAAGCCCCCGCAACAACCACAGCUCCCCCCGCGACCACCACAGCUGGCAUGACGACUAGCACAAUUAUGGUCACAACAACCAAAGCUGCAUCAACUACAACCACAGCUUCUGCUACAACUACGUCUUCUCCAACUACAACCACAGCUAGCAUUACAACAACCACAGCUCCCCCCGCAACCACCACAGCUGGCAUGACGACUAGCACAACUGUGGUCACAACAACCACAGGUGCUUCGACUACAACCACAGCUGCUGUAACAACAACCAAAGCUGCAUCAACUACAACCACAGCUUCUGCCACAACUACGUCUUCUCCAACUACAACCACAGCUAGCGUUACAACAACCACAGCUCCUUUUAAGACAACCACAGCUUCUGCGGCAACAAAUACAAUUGCACCCACUUCAACCACAGUCGCACAAACAACUCCCAUUCCACCCAUAACCACCACAACCACAGACUCAACAGCAGCACCGACAGCGAAUGAGGGGUCAGUGGGAUUAGGAUUCAGAAUGAUCCGUGCAUUCCUCAAUGAGUAUUCUGACUCUUCCACAUCAGCAUAUCAGGAACUUGCAGCAAAUGUUACCAAAGAGGUGGGUCGUGUUUACAAAAAGGUUCACCCUUUAACAUACUUAAGGUGUAGGGUUAUUCAGUUCACGAAUGGCUCAAUUAUUGCCAAAUUGGCCCUUAUUUUCAAGAACUCGACAGUGGUUCCCAGUGCAUCGACUGUAAGGCAAGAAUUUAUUGACGCUGUGUAUCAGGACAACACCAUCCUCAAUGUUGAUGCAACCUCCAUUACUGCAGGGACACCAACCACAGCUUCAAGUCUACUCACAAUCUUUCUGGUUGUAUUGUCACACCUGCUUCAUUACUAUUGAGACUGAUGACCACAGCGACAGCGCAACUUGCCAGUCAAUCCAAUUAUAUAACAGUUUUUAAUAGAAGUGUAUAGCAUUAAUUCAUAUUAAUUAUCCAAAUAUGUACAUUGUAAAGAUGAAUUGCUAUGGAGAACAUGACAAUAUUGAACACCUUGAGGAUAAUGUAAAAAUCUGAAUAUGGGUAGCUUUCCUUCUACUUACUGCACUGCCUUGAUUUUUAACAUUUGUUGAUGUGAAAUAUUGUUUUAUAAUUCAGCAUGAACCAUGUUUUGAAUGAAUGAAGGAAACGCUGGUUUCAUUAGCUUCGCUGUACUAAUUAAGAAAUUAAAUGAAAAGACAUGCA